GGUCUGAUCACCUUCGAGAGAAGGAUGGACUAUGGGCUGUGCUAGUUUGGCUUUCAAUCCUAGCAGCUCGAAAGCAGAGUGUGGAGGAGAUUGUCAGGGAUCACUGGACAAAAUUUGGCCGACACUACUACUGCAGGUUUGAUUAUGAAGCACUGGAACCCAGAACAGCAUAUUUCAUAAUGAGAGACCUGGAAGCUUUGAUCACUGACAAAUCAUUCAGCCAUCAGCAGUUUGCUGUGGGUAACAAUAUCUACAGUGUGGAAAGAACGGACAGCUUUGAGUACAUAGAUCCUGUGGAUGGCACUGUGACCAAAAGACAGGGACUGCGGAUUAUUUUUUCAGAUGCUUCCAGGCUCAUCUUCAGAAUGAGUGCUUCUAGCCAUGUGAGAGCUACUCUCCGGAUCUAUGCAGAGAGUUAUGAAAAGGAUCCUAGCCAACACAAUAAGGAACCACAGGCUGUGCUGAGUCCUCUUAUAGCAAUCGCACUGAAAAUAUCUCAGAUUCAUGAGAGGACAGGGCGAAAGGGACCCACUGUCAUCACCUGAAGCCACGGAAGAUUGUUAAACCAGGGCCAAAAGAGGAACAGCAAGGAAGAGACAGAACCUUGCUGAAACAUGUUAGCCAUUUGUGCCUUGUAUGAUUUUAAAAGUUUUCUUGGGGAUAGAGGUAGAGUGGGAAGAAAAAUUCAAUAUAAUAUUGAGCAUAUUCAUUUGCCUUGAUCUCCGAAUACAAUAGUGUAUUGACUUCUUUGUUUUACCUGCAAUAUCUUAAUUUCAUAUAAC